ACGAAAAUGAAAUCCCGGGUCGUCGUAGUCUCCGUGGUCGUACUGGCGGCGAUGGUCGUCUCAAGCUCCGCCCACAGCAUCGGCUUCGGGGCGUGUCCUCGGCUCAAGGGCAUGAAGAACUUCGAGCCAGGCAAGUUCGCAGGUUUCUGGUACGUCAUCGAGAUGUACAGCACGUUCAGCCGCUGCCUGACCCUCGACUUCGCCCGCAUAAGCAAGGACGACUUCAAGGUUACGGAGGGAAAAGAGUACGCCGUAGCCCAGUUCGUCGGAAUCGAACACGUCUUCUCGAACACGGGGAUCUAUGCCUCGAGAGCGCCCAAGGAGCCCGCCAAAUUUGAAGUCAAGUGGUCCAAUAACGUCUUCGGAACAGCUGACGGCACCAUCAUAAACACAGACUACGAGCAGUACGCGGUUGUGUUGGAGUGUCAGCGCGUCUUCUACUUCAUGAAGAGAACGUCAGCCGCGAUUCUCAGCCGGAGUCGGAAGCUGGAUUAUGAAAUUAUCAGGAAACUCAAGCAGGACCUGUGCAAGACCUACAACCUGAACAUCCAGAACUUCGAGGCGGUCAGCCAGGACCGCUGCGCCUCCACGCCCCAGGACACCGCCCACCAGAAGAGGAUGAGUCUCAUGGGCGGCAAUGCCAGGGUCUCCGGCGUCGCCCAGUACCCGCCCGCGAUCCUCUCCUCCCCCAGGAACACGACGAAGCCACAGCCGACGAAGCCAGCUGUCCAAAGGAGCCUUCAGCCCUCCCGGCCAGCCGCGACGAAGCUGCAGCCGACUCGACCCACACCGCUGAAGAAGCCACAGCCUGGGAAAUCUACUCCCGCACCGAAGCCUCACGUCCUGGGUAACUCUUCCUCGACGAAGCCUCCACCCCUCCGUCCAACCCCGGGAAGGAAACCUCAGUCCCUCCAGCCGAGGAACGCCACCUCGCCCAAGCCUCCGACCAAGGGACUUCCGCCGACGAGGAAGCCACCGGUUUCGAGAAACUCCGGCACAACGAAGCCUCAGCCUCGGAAGCCCACUGUUGCAACGCCCUCCAAAGCCACCACGCCGAAGCCAGCGAAGUCUCAGCUUGCUAAACCAACCCCGGCGAAGCCCUUGGCCAAGAACGCCUCCCGCCCUCCCCCUCGGCCUCCCCAACCCACCGCCCCGACGAAGCCCGGAGCCAGCACUCGCUCCCUCCCUCCUCAGGCCUCAGGCACAAACCAACCGCAGAAGGGAGGCAAAGCCAAGCCCCCGAGGCCGCCCCCGCCCACGAGAAAGGCCUCCCAACCACGCCCCUCGAAGCCCACGACCCUAAGGACGACCCCGCAGCCACCAAAGGCCUCGUCCACGCAGAAGGCCUCCGCGAAACGACGAGACGUGGCGGCGAGGCCUCCGUCGGCGCCGAGGAACGCCAAGGCUCUCCGUCCUACGGCGGGGUGAGCGCGCGCGCGAGAUAGCUUAUCCGUGUACGUUUUAUUAUAUGUACUAUUUUUGUUAUUUGUCUACAUACUCACACACACACACACACACACACACACACACACACACACACACACACACACACACACACACACACACACACACACACACACACACACACACAUAUAUACUCGGACAAAACGACUUACAGAUAUUUUUUUAUUUUCUUUAUUCUAAAAAAAUUAUGUGCAACCAUAGAGUGAUUUUUGUCACAUCUGUUGUUACUCAGGGUGAAUAUUUUAAGGCAUUUUCGGGUUGCAAGCAUAGUUGUUAUAAAUAAUGUUUUUUUUUUCUCUACCCCGAUGCCCCUGCAAUUAAUUAAUGUUAUAUGGAUUUGUGUGAACAAUUUGUUUCAGUGUUUUAAGUUAUAUGUAUGUUUAUGUCGUAUUGAGAGUUUAAUGUCGGUUAAGAUGUUAUUUUAGUGUUAAGUUACGUGAAGUUUUAAUACCUAGGACGAUGUAGUUAUAUAAAUAUUAGCUAAUCA